AUGCUUUUUUUGGUGAAGGUGCUGGGGGCUGUGGAGGUAAUGGUAGAGGAGGCGGUGUUGGGGGCCAUGGUGGAGCUGGUGAUGGUGGUGGAGCUGGUGAUGGUGAUGGUGGUGAUGGUGGUGAUGGUGGUGAUGGUGGUGAUGGUGGUGAUGGUGGUGAUGGUGGUGAUGGUGGUGAUGGUGGUGAUGGUGGUGAUGGUGGUGAUGGUGGUGAUGGUGGUGAUGGUGGUGAUGGUGGUAAUGGUGGUGAUGGUAGUGAUGGUGGUGAUGGUGGUGAUGGUGGUGAUGGUGGUGAUGGUGGUGAUGGUGGUGAUGGUGGUGAUGGUGGUGAUGGUGGUGAUGGUGGUGAUGGUGGUGAUGGUGGUGGUAAUGAUGGUGGUUGUGGUGGUGGUGGAUCUGGUGGUGGUGGUACCACCACCACCGGUGGUGGUGGUAGUGGUGCUGGUGGAUAGUUUGGUGGUGAUAGUGGUGGUAAUGAUGGUGGUGGUGGUGGAUCAUCUGGUGGUGGUGCGUUUGUUGUUGUUGGUGGUGGUAAUGAUGGUGGUGGUGGAUCUGGUGGUGCUAGUGGUGGUAGUGGUGCUGGUGGUGAGUUUGGUGGUGAUAGUGGUUGUAAUGAUGGUGGUGGUGGCGGUGGAUCUGGUGGUGGUGGUGGUGGAUCUGGUGGUGGUGGGUUUGGUGGGAUGCAGAAGGCAGGAUCCAGCGCCUUGGACUUACAGUUCGUAUGGCGUAUAG